AAGCCAGUUCCGUUAAGUGGCGCUGCCGGUAGUUUUCUAGAAAUUAGAGGGAUGAAAUUUGACAAGUGGUUAUAAGUUAUAAAUAUCUUAAACUUUAAAUCAAAAUAUAAUGGCCACGGCUGCUCAUAUGAACGAAGUUCAAGAGGAAGAUGCCUCUGAGCUUGUUUUCCCAAAAGAAUUCGAAAACGCUGAAACGCUAUUGAUAUCUGAGGUUCAGAUGUUAUUAGAACAUAGGAAACAACAAAAUGAAAGUGCAGAAGACGAACAAGAGUUGUCUGAGGUGUUUAUGAAGACAUUAAAUUCUUGUCAGAGAUUCAGUAAAUUCAAAAAUCGAGAAACUAUAGCAGCAGUGAGAAGUUUAUUGAUGCAGAAAAAACUACAUAAAUUUGAGUUAGCAGCUUUGGCUAAUCUUUGUCCAGAGUCUGCAGAUGAAGCAAAGUCUUUAAUUCCUUCUUUAGAAGGAAGAUUUGAAGAUGAUGAAUUAACUUUGAUAUUAGAAGACAUAAAAACAAAACGCAGUUUUCAAUAUUGAGUUUUAUAUACUUAUAUAAAAUCAUAAUUUUAUCAUUUUCAUUCACCAAGUGUGUGGCACCUGGUAUAUUUCUGUUUCAUUAAACAGACCUCACUGCAACUUGGAGUUUAUUUAGUCAUAUAAUGACAGAGGUGUACACUAGUUCAUACUUUGUAUGACUAUGUUCUGGUCAUUGAUUAGAUUAAGGACCAAAAAAUGAUCUAUACAUUACAUGUCAUGUUUUAGCCAUCCUCAUACAUCCUUCUCCAGCAUGUAUAUUGUCAAUAAAUGUAUUAUGCAUUGAAAACAUUAGAA